AUGGCCAAAGUCCUCGUCUCCCUAAGUGCAUUGGUUGCUGCUGCCACGGCCGGCUCCGUGACGGAACUCCCCGAGUCUGUGACCAAGCUCAUCGACUACUCCGCCAACCCCUGCGAAGACUUUUACCAAUACGCAUGCGGUGCGUGGCACAAGGAUGCUGUGAUCCCCCCGGACAAAGCCGGCAUCGUGAAGUCGUUCGACAAGAUCGCCAUCCAAAAUGAAGUCGUGUUGAACAAGAUUUUGUCUGAAAACAAGCCCAAGCUCGGAGAGUUCUAUAGCUCGUGCUUGGACACGGCCACACUGACGUCGCUCGGCCUCUCUCCGUUGGCGGACUCGUUCAAAGCCAUUCGCUCGGCCAACACGACGUUGGACCUCCUCAUCGUGGACGGGCAGUUGGUGAAGAACGGCAUCCCUGCCUUCGUGGACAUCAUAUCGGCCGGUAACGCCAACAAUAGGACAAAACACGCCCUCUUCGGUUUCCAUCCCACCUUGCCGUUGUUCCCCAUGUACUACAACAACCCUACCAGAUGGGCGUCCGUCGAAGCCGACUACAAGGUGUACAUUGCGUCGGUGUUGCAGUUGGCUGGAUACUCUGCCGAGCAAGCUGCGGCGGCCGUGUACUCUACAUGGACAGAGUACACCUUCAAGCGCACCCUACACCUAAUCCAACUGCAUCAACUUCGAUGCUGGUGA